AUGGAUUUGGAUACGCAGGAGAUUCCUGUAGUUGCUGUACCCUUGGAUGUAAGUAAAUUGGGCCACAGUUCACUGUUUGAGGGUGGCAGUGAUGCACUUCUCAGUACUCAAGAAUUGAGUACUGUUGAUGUUGCAAACAAGAGGGGGGUAAGUGGUGAUGAUGAUGAUGAUAUUCAUCAAUUUAUUUCGUGCACUGGGAAGGUUAUUAAAUUGGUUAGAAAACGCAGUGAUAGAGGUGCGUUGGUAAGUUCGGAAGCCAUACCGAAUUAUCAACAACAAGAACCAUCGAAUGACGAAGAGAAUGAUAACGGCAAGGCUAUCUGGAAGUCUGACCAAUCCUACGGUAUUAAUAUCAAUGCACUUUUAGAUAGGAUUGAAUCGAAAAGUUCUGAUUCUCGUCAAAUAAAUAAAUCAACUUCGAAAAGGAAAAGAAAAAGUAAAAAUGAGACACUUUGGGUGGAAAAAUGGCGACCUAAAAGCUUCCUAGAUCUUGUUGGUAAUGAAAAAACUAAUAGGAGAAUAUUGGGCUGGUUAAGGAAAUGGGCUCCAGCUGUAUUUAAAGAACAAUUACCCCAAUUACCAGGAAUAUUUGGACAAGAUACCUCUAAUAAUACUCCAGAAAUAAAUAUUGAAGUUGACCCCUUAGAAAGACCAAUGAAGAAGAUAUUGUUGAUACAUGGACCACCAGGGAUAGGGAAAACUUCUGUGGCACAUGUCUUGGCCAAGCAAGCUGGCUUUACAGUCUCAGAAAUAAAUGCUAGUGAUGAAAGGGCAGGUCCUCUUGUAAGAGAUAAAAUAAUGAAUACAUUAUUUAAUCACACAUUUAAUGACAAGCCAGUAUGUCUUGUCGCUGAUGAAAUUGAUGGUAGUAUAGAAAGUGGGUUUAUAAGAGUGUUGAUUGAUAUAAUUAAUAAUGACGCUAAAGCGACUCGAAACUUAAAAUUUAAUACCACAUCGAAAUUUAUACAAAGGACUAAAGGUAAGAAGAAUAAAAAGAAACAAAGUUUGUUGCUUCGUCCCAUUAUUGCUGUUUGUAAUAAUUUAUACGCUCCUGCUUUGGAAAAAUUAAAACCUCAUUGUGAAAUCAUUUCAUUUAAAAGACCAUCAGAUAAAUCAUUGCAAGAAAGAUUAGAAACUAUCUCCAUGAAAGAACAUCUUGAUAUAUCCACCAAGGAGCUGAUAGAUUUAAUGGAUCUGGCUGAAGGGGAUGUAAGAAAUUGUAUUAAUAAUUUACAAUUUCUAUCUUCACAUAGUAGAUAUAAAGCGAAACAGACAAGUGAAACAGCGGAUGGUUUUGAUUCCAAGUCAAAGAAUAAGACAUGGGAAUCAGCAAAUAAAGAUCAUGCAGUUUCAUGGUUUAGAAUGGUUAAUGAAAUCUUUAAAAAGGAUCCACAUCGAGAUAUUAAAAGUCAAUUCAGUGAAAUAUUACACCAAAUAGAACAAAAUGGUAAUUAUGAUCGUAUUGCUCAAGGUUGUUUCUCAUUAUACCCAUUCGUCAAGUAUUCAGACAAUGGUAUGAAGAAACCAAAUCAUAUUUCAGAUUGGUUAUAUUUCCAUGAUAGAAUGUUCAGUUCUUUAUUUGAACAUAAUGGUGAAUUAUUACGUUAUUCUUCCAUAGUACCAUUGGUAUUUUUCCAAAAUUUUGGUGAUGUUGCAAAUAAGGAAGAUUUAAGAAUCAAGAAUGUAGAAUUUGAAAAUAGAGAAAAACAAAAAAUGAACCAAGCUAUUAUUUCAUCAAUAGUCCAUAGCAUUUCUACAGGAUCUCCAAAGAUGCUUCCAUUUAUAGAUAGAAGAUCAUUGGUUUUUGAAUUAUUGCCCUUUAUUGAUCAAAUGUUAUGUUCUGAUUUCUUAAAAUUAAGAGACUUAAACUCAAAACGAUUAAUAACAGAGUCAUUGUUGGACAUCUUGAAUACCUUCAAAUUAAAUAUGAUUCAAAUACCAUAUGAAGGAUUGGGGAUGGAUCAUGUUUUAUCCAUAGAUCCACCGAUUGAUAAAGUUGUAUUAUUGGAUCCUUCUUCAAUAAAAAAUGUACUGACUAAAAGACCUCCUGUAUUACAUCUUCUUCUAGCCAAAAUAGAAGAAAGUAAAGUGAAGAAAAGACAUAUUGAUCAAGUUGAAAAAAACAAAGCUGAAACGGAAGAAAUCGCCAAUAAAAAGGCUAAGAAUUCCGAAAUUAAUAAUAUCGACAAUAAAAGUAAUGGUUCUACGAUAGAUUUCUUCAAGAAACAAUAUAACAUGGUUCAGAAAGACUCAGUUGAAGACAUUGAGAAAGAGCCAACGACGAAGAAAUCAAAUGAAACGACAAGAAUAUGGGUGAAAUACAAAGAGGGGUUUUCUAAUGCCGUGAGAAAGAAUGUCACAUGGGAAAGUUUAUGGCAAUAA